AUGUCCUCGAAACAGAUUUCCACCACAAAGCCUUUGCCUUUUCUACAGAUACCCUCCCGAAGUGUGCCCUCCCCAGCCCCAUCACCAGUAAUCCCACAUACUCCUAUUCAGCCCGAAUCUCCGGCGCCAACCCGUCUACACAACCCUAUUAUCCUCAAGCCAGAGACACCGAGACAUAUACUGGUGCCUCAUUUUGACCGACCACUCUCCCAUCUGUCCGAGCCUCAUCAUAACACCAAGGCGAAGCACCACAAGUUAAUCAGGCAUCAUAAAUCGCAUUCUCGUGAGGUACUUCCCGCUGUAUCGUUCCCGCAUGAGUCGCCGCAGACCUCAAUACUCUCCAAAUUCCGUAUUGUCCAAGAAACCAAAAAGAUAACCGGUUUUCAGUGCUACGCUGUGGAAAAAUGGCUGGUUGAAAGAGACAUUACCGCUCAUCCUCUCACGACGGUUACCGGUCUCACGAAUGACCCAAAGGACGUGGUAAACUUCGCUAUUCUUGCACCUCCUUUGUCGCUAUCCCCUGCAGCCGCCGAAGAGGAACUCCAGAAUGUCAUAUAUCAGUUAAAACGAACCGGAGCUCGUCCCCAUGAGACUCCAGACGGCGUUAUAAUGAUAACAUCGUUCAGUUCAUUCCGGGGAGACCUCAACUUGGUUCUUAUUCCCGAUGGAGAUUGUGAUGCGCACCGUUGUCAGUUGUUUACCAACAUCAACUUGGCACGAAUGGGAUGCGGCGGGCGGAGUGCUCCGACACUUGAACCAGCCCUAGAAUCAACCCAAGACAAGUUUCUUGCCCUGUACGCUAUUCCAAAUGUCGCCUUGCUCGUAGGGUUCAAUAAUGUGGUUCUCGAAUUCGUGCGCUUGGUUCAAGCUGCGUUGAUGAUAUUUGGCUUCUUUCCGGCUGAUCCCACAGACCGAGAUGGGCUACUUUGCGACUUGACGAUUAAAGGGAUGCAAAAAUGGGUGCAUAUGAUCGGAGAGCCAUACUUCCGCUUAGAGGCAACCUAUGGAGGGCGUUUUGGAGCCAAGUGCUGUUGUGGCCUUGCUCAGUCUGGUUGCAGCUUUCCGGUGGCGAAUAUACCGAGAGACCCAUUCUACGACCCGGAAGCGGCACUCUCUGCCUUGAAAAACCAAGGAAUGCACCCUGUCCCCUAUCUGUCCUUUUCACUGCUCGAGAGUAUCAAUGCUGCGCAUAAAGCUCUCAGAAGCGAUUCGUAUAAAGUUCACAAGGCAAUGCUGCAUCGACCUGAAGAUUAUGAAACUGAGACGAUGAGCAUCGAUGUGUUUGUGCGAGGGAUAGUCAGUGCCGGAAAAGAUGGGCCUGAUUCUUUGAGGUUUGUUUGGACUGGAAAACCUCGCAAGGAGAAAAAGAAGGACCGGGACGAAGAAAAGGAGACCGAAGGGGAAGGAGAGGACGCAUCAGAGCACAUUGGCAAGAAGUUGCGUAAACGGGCUGGGGACAUGCAUGCUCUAGCUUCUGGUGUAGUAGACGACGUUAAGGGCGGCAUUAAGGAACUUAGCGGACUGGCCAAAUCUCGGAAGGGAACAGACUCGCUCCCAACUUUCAAAAUUACACAAAGUGAUCCAGAACCGGAGGACGUGCCCAGAGCUAAUCGGGCUGGUAAAUCGACGUUGCUAGCACUUUCCUCUUCCUCGAACUCGAUAUCAGAACUCGAGCGCAGUAAAUUUUCCAUGCUAUCACCAGCCAAGGCUAGUAGCAUCAAGUCAUUCAGAACUAUGAUAACCAAUAGCUCAACGGCACCUCGAGCGGCAAGGCCUAUUGUACGACGGACACGAACCGACGCGCGAGAUGUGUUCGCGGAGGGAGACGAAGAUAAUCAAAGUCCGGUUCUUUGCCCAAAAUCACCCGUGGAAGAAGUGUUCGCAGCGGCUGCGGCAGCUAGAUGUAUCAAGAGACGGUCAAGUGUGAGCGAUAUCGAUGCUAUUGAAGCCGAAGACAUUGAUGCUCGCUCUCGACUGGAACGACUGGAGAUAGAUGUGGCUUUAUGUGGGCAAUUUUUGGAACUACGUGACAAGGAAGCCAAAAUGCGGCAUGCUAUUUCUAUUGCUCAAGUUACGCUGGCUGCUGUUCAACGGACAAAUAUGCACCUUGACCGUGAACUCCUUGCACACAAGCAAGCUUUGGCUACACUAGUUCCCAAAGCAGCUGAGCUUCAGAACGUGGCGCAUGCGCAUUUGGCCGAAGCAAAUGAGCUGAGUAAAAACUCUGAGAUGCUCGAGUAUCAACUUGACCGACUCGAAGAGGGUGUCAAGGAUAUGGCACGCUCAGUCGCGGGUGGACGGGAUCGAGUACGAGCACUUCGUGGAGCUGCGCGUCGAAUUGGUGGUGUACAUGGGAUCGAAGAUGAUACCGAGCCAGAAGACGAAGAGACGACCGGGGUUGAUGAGAAUAUGGGUUCAGUGCUGAGCAUGCAAAGUCUAUCUAGCAUCAAGAAGCAAUUUGGAUCAUGGCUGGGAGCGGCAAGGUCCAAAGGAUGA